GUUACCUUUGUUUCUGUCAUUUUAAAACGUUUUUGUCAAUUUUUGGCAAUAUUUUUUUACGUAGUCCAUAUUUUCACAAAAAAAUCAGUCAAGAUGAUGGAAGGAUUGAAUCAGUUGGGGCAGGAGGAGUACAUCUGGGCAAUGAGGACGAGCGGUCGUCGAGACUCAGAUGUAGAAGUGCGUAAAGCAGGUCGUUCCUACCAAUCGGGCUUAUUGGGGAAGAAAUCAAAAAGUGUAGUGGAGUCCACCGACGAUCGCCAAACUAAAGUGAUGGCAUCUCUCGUCCCCGACGAAGUGAUUUACAAUGUUGACGAUUAUACACACCGGAAGUACGACGCUUGUUUCCUCUUUGGGGACGUUUCCGGUUUCACCGAACUGUGCGAAAAGUACACCAAGACGGGUGUUGCUGGUCCGUCGAGAAUGACCCAAGUGUUGAACAAGUACUUGGGUUCAAUGGUCCAAGAAGUCAUGUCGCACAAUGGUGAUGUCUUGAAGUUUUCUGGAGACGCGUUCCUUGCGAUUUUUAAGACAUCAGACACCGAAACAAUGCGAGACGCAGUCCACGAAGCCCUGGACUGUGCCCUAGUCAUUCAAAAAAAUUACGGUUCUUACAUGACCGACGUCGGUGUUGCAAUUCGAGUAAAAUUAGCAAUUUCUGCCGGUUUGGUGACUUUUGCCUUGAUUGGUGAUUCGACCAAUUCCCAUUACGUGGUGGUUGGUCAACCCAUAUGGGACGUUAAGGCCGCCGAAAGUAUUAGCAGUGCUGGUGAUAUUGUUGUUGCACCAGCGGCCUGGCAUUUUGUCAACCCCAACGAGUAUCUCUCGGAAGAGAUGAGUGACAACAUCCACGUGAAAAUCGUAGGAGUUGGCCCGAAUUGGCGAAGCGUUCAGAAAAAUCUCCGUCAACAGAAGCCAGACGACGAAACCGGCGAGGAUGUGGUAAGUCAAGAUGAAGAAUCGACAGAAAGUGAUGUUUUGAGUGAAAUAACGCAAGAUGGGGCCUUGGACGAAUUCUCUUUGAGACCGGCAGUAAACCUAGCAGUCAGACUCCAUAUCAAGGAAGCUUUAAGGCGAUUUAUAAUCGCCCCCGUAAUGAAAAGUAUUGACAUGGACGAACCUUUCGAAUAUCUCACCGAAAUGAGACAAGCUGUGAUUGUGUUCAUUAACGUCAUUACGUACAAACUAGAAACUGAAAAAACUGUCAUUUUGGCCGACCAAACGUACAAAACCGUCUGCAGAGUGGUCGACAAGAUGAAAGGCUGUGUGAACAAAGUCUCACUCUUCGAUAAAGAUUUGAUGUUUGUUGUUAUAUUCGGCCUACGUGGCCUUAAACACGAACUAGAGUGUCAAGUCGCGCUAAGAUGUGCUAGACAAUGCCAUACCGCUAUCGACAAACUUCCUGGUGUUAUGUCAACGUCGAUCGGUGUUACUACAGGUAAAACUUAUUGUGGCGUCUUUGGACACACGCUCCGUCGUGAAUAUACAGUUAUCAGUCUUAUUGUCAACAAAGCAGCUCGCUUGAUGGUUGCUUACGAAGGGAAAGUAACUUGUGAUAGGGAAACGUUUCUGCACAGUAAACUAGAAUCUAGACAUUUUAUCUUGCAACCACACAAAUACUUGAAGGGAAUAUCUCAUCCAGGCCCGGUUUACGAGUUCAGGGAGGUCGAAAUAGACCAUGAUCAUGUUAAUAAGGUCAAUGCGUGUCCCUUGCUGGGACGAGAACGCAAUAUAAAGUUAUAUAAACAAUUGUUGGAUAAAUGCUUACAUUCUACCGAUUCUAAUGAGCCACAGUACAAAAUGUUGCUGAUUUCGGGCGAUGCUCGGCAAGGAAAAACGCGACUUCUCGAUGAGCUCGUUUACCUAACACCGUCAGAAAUACCAGUUAGUAAAGUAGUACUGACGGAAUUAGACCAAAAUAUCCCGUAUCAAUGUGUGAAGCUGAUAUUUGGCCCUCCUUUGCUAAUAUCUAAAAGCUCAACCUCGCAUAAGAAACAGCAGGUAAUUCAAGACAAGUUGAAUAAGAUACAAGUCCCCGAACUGAUGUGCGUUUUGAACAAUGUUUUCGAUGUCAAUUUCAAAGUUUCGGAUCUUUAUAUGUCGCUGAAGGUGCAAGCGCGAAAAAUAGCACUAGUCAAAAUGAUCAAGCAGUUAUGUUACGCUUGUUUUACAACCGUUUGGGUGGUUGCGAUCGACAAUCUUGACUUUAUGGACGCGGAAUCGUCCUCACUUUUUGAUUGUUUUUUUGAUAUUAAGACCAUAUUCAUUGCGGCAACUAGAGGGCGUGAGAGGUUGCUCCAAGAAGUCAUGUCACAAAAAAUUGUUGAAGAUCCCAGAGUCAAACACGUCCAACUCCUUCCCAUAGAAAGGUGGUAUUUAGGGGCACUUGCGUGCCAAAUUUUGGGUGUCUAUGCCAUGUCACCAGAAUUGGAAAACGCCAUACAGGUCAGGAGUAACGGCAAUCCUGGUUGGGUUGAAAGUUUUUUAAUUAGUUUGAUACAAGAUGAAGGAUUGUAUAUUUUAAAAGCAACUCUUAAAGAUAUUAACGAUCUUGGACUUGUUUGCCCACCUCUGUACAUGAUGGCCAGAUUGACUAAAGAUCAAAUGCGAAAAUGGCAACACAUUAUGGAAGAAAGGCGACCAUCUAUAGAUUCAAUCAGUGCAGAGGAGGACAAUUGGAAACGAUACAUCGACAGCUGUCGAGACAGUCACCUCAACGUCACUGUUAGGGAGGAAAUGGAAGCCAUUUCAAGAGGCGGGAAAGUCCCCAUAUGCAUAAUUUCCCCAACUUUUCACGUUGCGGACGAAGAAAUGGAGCUUUCUAUGGACGCGAUGAUCCUAAAAACGUUCGAUUCGCUCAAUUUUUACGAGCAAUUGCUAGUCAAAUGUAGCGCUACUUUGGGGAAUCAGUUCCUUCGGGAUAUGCUUUUGUACGUAAUGUCAGCGACGGAAAAACGAAAAGCAGCUUUAGCCGUUCAGAAACUUUUUGAAAUUAGGGUGCUUUCAUGCGCUAAGGGCGAUUUUAUGGAAGGGGGGACGAAAAUUUUCAAGGAGAAAUUGUUGGAUCCCGACGAUGAAAUGCGCUUGAAAUGUGACUGUAGAGGGAUUAAAAUUGAAGAGGAAUGUAAAGAUCUGCCCAAAUAUGCUUCGUGUGGUUACUUACAGUUCCGGUCAUCGCUAUUUCGUGAUAUAACAUACAAUCUGUUAACUGAUAACCAAAAGAAAGAGUUUCAUCAACGUGCCAUCAGGUUUCUCGAACGUGAAACACGAAAGUGUCAAGCUUGUGGUGGUGGUUUUUUCCAUCGAAUUUUGGGCGCCCACCAUGACAAGGAGUUUAUACGAGCCAGAGACAAGCAAAAGAAAACUUUUUCCGGAGUCACCUCAUGGGAGGGCGUAAGUCAUCGAACAUCAAUGCACAGCAUGUCCAUACGUUCCGAGAGCCACUUCAGUGCGCACAGCCAAAGUUACCAAAGUUUUCAUAGUAAAAGAUCCAGAUUCGAUUCGGUGGCGGGAGGAUCGAUGGGGUCAAUGCCUAGCCAAAUUUUUGGCGAAAUCAAGGAGGACAAAUCCUACGAUGCAUUUUUCGGCUUUUCGAUAAUCAACAAAUUGAAAAACAGUUUUUCCUUGACAAAAGCCUUCUCCUCGGAGGAUUUUACAGACUGCCAGUGUAACCUUAUUUUGAGCACGACUUAUGCCCAGUUGAUUGAGCACUGCAAGGGGGCGGGAGAUUUGGGCAAGGAGAUUGAGGCGUUGCUGGAAUACGCGCAAAUUUGCAUAAUCGCGUCAAAUCUCCCGCUUGCGAUGUCCAUUCUGGACGAAUCCUUGGACGUACUGCGAGAGAAAGCGAAGGAACGAGCUGAAAACAUAUGGAAGGUGGCACUAAUCCGUGCUAAGAUCUACUGUCUGAUUGGUUACUCGAGACUAGAGCUGGGGCACUUGGACGAGGCCUUGCUGAGUCUAAAUUUAUCGUUGAACGAAUACGGGAUCACGUUUCCAAAAGGGAUUAACAAGCACUUGAAGCUGUAUGCGCAUAAAGUCAAGCAGUUGUUUGGUUUAUAUCUCUUUCCCAAAUCUUUGACCAAGAACUUGGAUCACUGGGAAACCAUCUUUGCUAAUAACCUUGCCGAAUGUUUGUCGCAUUUCUGCACGCUAUUUAUGAUUAAAAAAGAGUGGAAGAAUGCCGAAAUGGCUGCAGUUUGGGGCUUGACCAAAUCUUUGGAAUCUUUCAGUGACUUUCGCGUAAUUUGUUCAGCUUGUGCAAAUAUGAUACAUGUUGCUCAAUAUUUUCACAAUUGGAGUUUAUGUGUUGCUUUAGAAGUGCACGCUUUGAGACUGUGCCAUUUGAAAAGAGCUUCAAUCGAAGCCGAGGAUAUCAAGUGCGUGUGCAAGCUGUAUUGCGUGAUUUUUGUUUCAAGGGUUUUCAUGGCGAAUUUGGACAAAGCCAUCCACUUGGGCUACAUCGUUCUGAGAUUAUGUUCAUCAGUGCAUGCCGUUCGAGUGAUUCUUCCCUUACUCCCGACCCUGAUUCAGUGCCUUAUAAUGGGGAAGCACUUUGCUAAUGCGUAUUCUGUCCUUCAAGAGCUCAAAUUAUUUGCAGAGGACGAUACGGAUAACUCAGGAAAAAUAUGGUACUACGCGAUUUGUGUUGGUUUACAACUCGAAACAGGCUACACUUUGGUCCCGUAUCACAUAUGUGAACAUUUCUAUCAACUUGAAGGCGAAAACUGGGUUAAUAUUAGAGAUUCGGAUGCGAGAAGACGAUUCUUUACCGUAAUGUGGUUGUGGUGUAUUAGAAAUGAAAAGUGGGAAGCUGCGUAUAUUUGGUGUUACAAGACGUCUGAUUUUAUGAGUGUUUCCGAAAAAGAUUCUUUGGCGAAUAAAAUAACUUCGUUGUAUGUGUUGGAAGGGUUGUUGCUGUAUUUCGUAAACAAGUUAGACAAACGUAAUAUUAAAGCUAUUAUCAGGGUGGAACACGAGAUAAACUCGUUGUUCAAGACUAUUGAGAAGAUUUCCAAAACAGUUAAGGUUCUCAUACCGAGGUUAUAUCACCUGAAAGCUUAUUACAAGUACAUAAAGAUGAGUGAUUCUAAUGCCAUUGAUAUGUUAACUAAAGCGAGUAAUUAUGCUCAUAAAUAUGGAAACUCUUUAGAAGAAGGGUGGAUUGACCAUUCCGUAAAGGCUUGGAAUAAGACACUUCAAGCUAAUGCAAUAGAGUUUUGGAAAGAACAUUCAGAAGCUGAGAAUGUACUCGAUUUUCAAGACAUAGAAAUUACGGGCGAAACCUUGGGAUAUUACACAUUACCGACUCCACUCUAUGAAUAAAACAUUUGCAGUGUUUACUGUCAUUUCGAACUAAUAUAUACCCAAAUCCAUGUCA